AUGAACGUUAAUUUCAAAGAUGGCGGCGGAGGGAGGAGGAGGGAAGGAGAUGAACGAAAUCAAAACUCAGUUCACCACUCGGGAAGGUGUCUACAAACUCCUCACUCACUCCGAAUAUAGCCGUCCCAACAGGGUGCCUUUCAACUCGCAAGGCUCCAACCCCGUCAAAGUCUCCUUCGUCAACGUCAACGACCAGUCGGGCAACGGCGACCGGAUCUGUUUCAAUGUGGGCCGUGAACUAUACUUCUACAUCUACAAAGGCGUCCGAAAGGCUGCUGACCUGAGCAAACCUAUAGACAAACGGAUCUACAAGGGAACGCAGCCCACCUGCCAUGACUUCAACCACCUAACAGCCACAGCAGAGAGUGUGUCCCUGCUGGUGGGUUUCUCAGCGGGGCAAGUGCAGCUCAUUGACCCCAUCAAGAAGGAGACGAGCAAACUCUUCAAUGAGGAAAGACUAAUUGACAAGUCCAGAGUAACGUGUGUCAAAUGGGUGCCAGGCUCCGAGAGCCUAUUCCUUGUCUCUCAUGCCAGUGGGAGCAUGUACCUGUACAAUGUGGAGCACACCUGUGGCACCACAGCACCACAUUACCAGCUCCUCAAACAGGGAGAGAACUAUUCUGUGCACACUUGUAAGAGCAAGUCCACGCGGAACCCUCUUCUCAAAUGGACAGUGGGUGAGGGGGCGCUGAAUGAGUUUGCUUUCUCCCCUGAUGGGAAGUUCCUGGCCUGCGUAAGCCAAGAUGGCUUCUUAAGGGUGUUCAACUUUGACGCUGUGGAGCUACACGGCACCAUGAAGAGCUAUUUUGGUGGCUUGUUGUGUGUGUGCUGGAGCCCUGACGGAAAGUACAUAGUUGCAGGUGGAGAGGAUGACCUAGUGACUGUGUGGUCAUUUCUGGACUGCCGGGUCAUCGCCCGAGGUCACGGGCACAAGUCAUGGGUGAGUGUGGUGGCGUUUGACCACUACACUACCAGUGUAGAGGAGACUGACCCUAUGGAGUUCAGUGGCAGCGAUGAGGACUUCCAGGAUCAGAUGAUCCACUUUGGACGAGACCGGGCCAACAGCACACAGUCCCGGCUCUCCAAGCGCAACUCUACAGAUAGCCGGCCUGUUAGUGUUACGUACCGGUUUGGCUCAGUGGGCCAGGACACUCAAUUGUGCCUGUGGGACCUCACAGAGGACAUCCUCUUCCCCCACCUGCCUCUGUCGCGGACACGAACACACACUAACGUUAUGAACGCAACCAGCCCCCCGGCAGGUGCCACAAUAAUCACUAACACCCCUAACAAUGCUACUAAUGGAAACAACAGUGGUGCCAUUACACCUGGCAUAAACUCCGUCUCAAUGACAUUACCACGCUCCAACAGUCUACCACACUCGGCCAGCUCCACCACUACUGCAAACAGUACCAAUAAGGCCGGCAGCGGUGGAGGCAUUGGUGGAAUCGGUAGCGGUAUUAUGGACAGUGCCAUCGCCACAGGUGUGAGCAAGUUUGCCACACUGUCGCUCCACGACAGGAAAGAACGUCACCAUGAGAAGGACCACAAACGAAACCACAGCAUGGGCCACAUCAGUAGCAAGAGCAGUGACAAGCUCAAUCUGCUGACCAAAACCAAAACAGACCCUGCUAAGACUCUGGGUACUCUGCUGUGUCCACGCAUGGAGGAUGUGCCCCUUCUUGAGCCCCUCAUCUGUAAAAAGAUAGCACAUGAGAGACUGACUGUACUCAUAUUUUUAGAGGACUGUUUAGUGACUGCUUGUCAGGAGGGAUUUAUUUGCACAUGGGCGAGGCCAGGCAAAGUGGGUUUAUUGUCAUCCCAAAACCAAGCCAGCUCUCCCAGUGGAACAGUAGUAUAGCCACAAUAUUUCUGCUGCUAAAGAACCCUGCAACCCAGAGUCUGAUGCUGCUCUUCACCCCGCAAGCAUUGCAAGUUUUUUUUUCUCCUUUUUAUACCCCAUCCCCUCCCUGGUUAUAUUAAUUGCUUUUCUAUUAUUUUCAUUUGUCAUUCACUUGACCUAGAGGAGGAAUGAAGCAAGAAAGGAUGCAGUGCAAUUUUGGAGGAUUGCGCUAAUGUCUCUGGAAUUUUAACACAUUUUAGAAUUUGUGUAUCUUUUCUAUCACACGCAGAUCUCACCUGACUGUUUUUUUCCCCCUCCCCCCCUCUGGAUUUCAAGCUUGGCUUUGUUAGAUGCAAACCAGUCAAUUGAGGCUUGCCAUUAAAGGGACAGUUCCUUCAAUUUUCAUAAUCUGUUAACCCUUUUUUUUAACCUAGCCUAGUUUCAGAGGCUAAGAGUUACUGACUAAAUAUGCACAUUGAGCGAACUGUCCUAACCAAGUGUGUGGGCAUCUUAAGAAUUUGCAUCCAUCCACAUUCAUGCACCACUUUUUGUCUCUCCAGUAGAAUCUCCUCAACAACUUUGCACUGAUUUUGUUAGUUAUUAUGUUUGUUUUUAUAAUUACAUUAAUGGAACAAAAAACAAAAAGAGGGCUGAGGACUGCCAUGUUGCACUCGGCUUUAACAUCCUCAGUCUUUGAAACCUGAAUCUCUAAAGCUGGAUGCUGCAAUCAUAGUCUUUUUAAAGAAAAGUUGUUUGCACUUAAAUUAGUUUAUUAGAAGAAAAUGGCUUUACAUUUUUGGGUGUGCUCAGAACUCACAGACGGCUAAUACAGUAGGCGAAAAAAUGAUGAAACUAUUAAAACCUUUAUCUAUUGAGCAUUUAUUUUAAUAUUAUUUCAGAUUCAAAUCUGCUCUGUAUCAUAAUGUGUAUAUUGUAAUUCAGUUAUUUGAUGGGGGGGCCUAAGGAAACGACCAUUACUCCAGUGGAAGUUUUGUCAUUGAUAGUUAUAUUUCUAAAGCCUAAAGUAUACAUAUUAAUAAUAUUAAAAUAAUCUUGAAUACACAGGCUUCUGUUCUUUUUCUU